AUGAACCCUGCAAGAAGUUCAGCUCUCCGUCUGCUGUUACUGGUGUCUUUGGGCGUGUGCCUUCUUGGGACGCUCAAGCCCACGGAACGCAUCAGGUUUUCAGACCUGCCCAGAGCGGUGAACGUCACGGAGGAUGUGCCUUCGAACAUCUCAUCCCCUGUGCAGAGUUCCGAGUCCCUGGGCACCCACCCGGCGCCACAAGCGCCUGUGCAGAAUCACAUCUACAAGCUGGAGUUGGGCCUCGGUGACAUCUCCCAGGAAGCUUUCAGACUGGAUCAGGAGCUCUUGGCCCGCGGCUGGGAUGCGAAGAGGUAUCCCUGGCGCAUGAUCCAGCAGGGCGCAUCUCGCAAGGCCAUACUCUACGGUACCGCCUGGGCGCAGCGGAUGAUUUGGGAUCAUCAGCAUCCCAGAAGAGACUGCCGUGACGUCAAGAUCCUGAUAUUUCGAUCGGGACCCAGUGGAAUUGGAUCAAUGUUGCAUCAACUUGGUCAAGCCUUGGCUUUGGCCAUGGAGUUGGACAGAGUCCUCGUGGUCCCUGUGAAGGAUACACUGCUUCAGUACUAUGACAAGAGGUUUUGCCCUGGCGCCCACAGCUGGCAGUGCUGGCUCCAAGAGAUAGGUCUGUGUGCGGAUGUACAUGGGGAUGUCAUGAAAGUAGACAAGCCCUACACUGAGACUACCCGACCUGUGCCUACACGCUUUCAUGAGAUGUUGGCACAGUCUCCCAUCAAGAAGGACUUUUGGCUUUACUGGUGGCGGGCUCAGUCCAUCACAUAUCUACUUCGCUUUCAGGAACGGACGAGGCAUGCUAUUGACAAAUUGAGAUCUGAGACCUUGGUUUCCUGUGGCCAGCAUGCAAAUUCCUCCGGCGUGCUGGCCACUGGAAGCAUCGCGACCUUUGUGCGUCAUGGCUUCAAGAAGCAGGAGAGGGUGGUGGAGCACGACCUGGGCGACUACAUUCGCGAGAUGCAGCGGCUUGCAGCGGGGCGCCAAGGUUUGCGAAUCUUGCACCGCGAGGUGGCUGAGAGCAACGCCAGCUUUCGGUAUCCAGCUGAGUCCUUUGCAGCACGAAAUAUCUUUGUGUCAACAGAUGACCCGGCUGUGAUCAAAGCGGCUCGGAAGUUGUGCAGGCAGGGGUGGAACGUGACGUAUGUUGAGAAGAAGCGAGCGAACUACGAUCCCUGGAUGCAUUUGAGACCGGGCAAGGCAACCAGAACAGAAGUCUUGUCGGCAUUCAUGAACCUCGAAUUGGCCUUGGAGUCAGAUGCUUGGGUGUGCACCCUCUCUUCCAACUGGUGCCGCCUGAUCGACGAGCUUCGCAUGACAGCUGCGGCCAAGGCUUCUCAACCGUUUCUAAACCUGGAGAAGGUUCCCUGCAAAGCAGGCAAGCCACAAUGCUACUUAGGCUGGUAA